UCCCACCGAUCGCCGCCGCCGCCGAGCAGCGCCAUGAUAGUCACCGUGUGAGGCGCCGCCGACUGUGAGCCCGAGCCCAGCCCCAGCCCAGCCCCAGCCCGCUAUGACUGCCCCAGAGAAGCCGGUGAAACAGGAGGAAAUGGCUGCUCUGGACGUGGACAAGCAGAGCGAGUAUCUGCAGCACAGGAGUUCAGGAGAGCAGAACAACCAGCCGUCACCGCUCGCCCUGUUGAGAGAGACUUGCAGCAAGAUCGGGUCGCCACCAUCCGAGACCGCAGCAAAUCCAGCUGGCAUUUCGCUGCCGGUUGAUUUGGCAUCUGCACAGUUAUCAGCUUCAAAUGGGUGGCAGCUCAUAACCUCAACACCUACUGUUGUAACUAAAGAUACUGCUGGUAACCUAGUGCAAAUUACAGGACAAGUUCCUGGAUCUCCAAUCACAACCUCUGUACCAACAAGUGGACAGUAUGUUCUACAAAGCUUUCAGAAUCAGCAAGUCUUCACUAUGGCUCCAGGAUCAACCACAGCUACAACCGGUGGUGUACCCAGUGUCCAAUACCAAGUUAUUCCACAAAUUCAGACUGGCGAUGGUCAACACUUGCAGCUAAGCCUGGCUCAGUCUAGUGCAGACACAACAUUGCAACAAGACGGUAACAGCCACAUUCAAAUUAUUCCUGGCAGCAACCAAGCAAUAAUUGCUGGUAGAACUUCUUCAGGCGGUAUUCUGACUGCCCAAAAUCUUUUAUCGCCUGUUUCGGUUCAGAUACAGCAGAGCAAUGCCCACCAUGUUCCUGUGCAAAUUCAAGGAGUGUACGGUGGUGGCUCCUACCCUGGUCAGACUCAGCUUGUGGCUAAUGUUCCUGUUGGAUUAACAGGAAAUGUUGCAUUUGUGCCGAUUGGGAACGUUGAUUCUCUGGGAACAAUACCUACGACAUCAAGUCAGAUGAUUGUACCCGUUUCAUCACAAGGUCUCAACACUUCAAAUACCUCAACAAGGACCGACGAGCAAAAUGUCAAUGUCGCCGUCCAGACCUCUGUACCUUCUGGUGACUCCCAAACCAAUCCUACUUCAUUUGUACCAACAGCUUCAGCAGAUCACAUGGUUGUUUCCGAGGGCCAGCUCAAUACUGUGCAACAAGCUGCCAGCAGUAGUGGUUGUAGUGUGACCUCUGAUCAGAUACAGCCAACAAACAUUCUUCACGUCAGUCAGCUCCAGACGACUGUUGAUGACCAAACACAGAUGCAAAAUGUGCAAGUUUCAGCCACCGAGUCAAGUGACCAUCAGAUUCAACUCCACCCACAUCAACAGUUUACUGUCCAGCCACAGAUUGUUCAGGGUAUUCCACAACAAGCAAUACAGACGGCUGGAUCUGUUGCAGGGCAAACCAUUACAGCACAGCCUGUGCCUCAGCAAGCCUUGCAGAAUCUUCAGCUCCAAGUCGUCCAAAAUGCCGGAUCCCUAAUAUUACGAGCACCAACAUUAACUCCAUCUGGAGAGAUUACCUGGCAAACCUUUCAGGUGCAGAAUAUCCAGAAUUUGCAGAAUGUACAGAUUCAAAAUGCACCCGCCCAGCAGAUAACUCUCACACCAGUGCACGCUGUCACAUUGGGUCAAGUCACUUCCAGUGGAUCGUUAACACCGAUUGCACCUAAUCCAUUGACUGUUAGCAAUGCCCAGAGUCCACAUUUACAAACUACUACUGUAAAUUCAUUCAGUUCUUCUGGCAUUCACCUGCAACAAGCUGCAAACAAUCCAGGAAGUAUACAAAUAAAAGAGGAAGUGGACGACUCCGAAUCCUGGCUGGGAUCACAAGCUGUCACCAAUAUGACCACUGCAGCAGUCCUUGGUUCCAACGAUUUAGCACAAGUGUCUGUCAACCUGGACGAAGAAGGCAUUGAUCUCCCGUAUCAGCCAGGAAAGCGACUCCGUCGAGUGGCGUGCACUUGUCCUAAUUGCAAGGAUGCCAUGGGAAAGUCCGCUAAUUUUGGCAAGAAGAAGCAGCACAUUUGCCACUUUCCUGGUUGUGGAAAGACUUAUGGAAAAACAUCCCACCUUCGAGCUCAUCUUCGCUGGCACACAGGAGAACGCCCGUUUGUCUGUAACUGGGUGUUCUGUGGGAAAAGGUUCACUCGCAGUGAUGAGCUGCAAAGACAUAGAAAAACACACACAGGUGAGAAAAAGUUUGUUUGUCCAGAAUGCUCCAAACGCUUUAUAAGAAGUGACCACCUCUCAAAGCACAUCAAAACCCAUCAGAACAAGAGGGUCAACCUGUCCAGCCACAAUGCAGCUAUCUCAUCAAUGGAAGUGACCUCUGCCUCCGAUGUUGGUAUCCUUACUACGGGAGGAACUCUUAUGUCACCAGUUAUAGCAAAUAUUCAACAGGGCCAUGUGGAAGGGAUUGGGAAUGAUGGAACUUCUGACGGAACAAACCCCGAUGAUAUAUUAAACAAUACUGAGAUACAACUAGUCACGAUUGGCGGGGAUGACUGUAUGGACUGAAAAUCACAAUUUUUAGGAAAAGUAGCGCGUUGGUCAUUUUAUAACGGAGCAAAAAGCGAGUCAAUUUUAAGCUUUUUCAGCCGUCUUUUUAUCAGUGGCAAAAGAUUUCCUGUAUUAUUGAAAAGAAUGACAGAUGUCACUAAAAUGCCUUAUUUUGUAUGUAUUUGUAAUAAUUAUUCAAAUAUAUAUCAAACAACUUGUAAUGUUGCAUGUACAUUUUGCCGAUGAUCGCCACACAGUAGCAAUUUUUCAAAACUUAACACUUACGGUGACAGAUUAUAAACACAGGGAAAUAGCUAUGCAAGCGUGAAUUUGGAAUCUCGAAAACAGAAAUGUUUGAGAAUAGUGCAGUCCAAAUGGGAAAGUUAUUGUUAUAACAGAAUACAUGUUGAAAGAGAACAAUCCUUUAUCAUGGCAUAUUUCAGUUUUUUUUUCUAUUCGAUUUCAUAGUAAUUUUCUAAUUGACUGCAUUGCAUUUUCUGAUGUAAAUAGGCAUAUUUCAAGCAAAAACAGCCGCUGAUGCUUUGCAAUCUUUAAGCUGAUUAGUCUCAUGAGUAAACUAGCUGUUUGUAAUUUAAUGUCAUUUAAGUAUCUGUAUGCAUUUCUGUGUAUUGGUAAGCUCUUUAUAAAAGAGGAAUGUUGUAAAAUGGGGACUGAAGUCUUAAUCUAUUUUUUCAAUUUAUUAAAAGCCAUUUUUUUUGCUAAUGAUAAGGGUUGUUUGCCAAAUUACUGAGCUUCUUGAUUAUACUAACAUUGAUGAAGUUUAAAAGUGGCUGCUGUUAUAUGAAGCUUCAUUUGAUACAUUACAGAUCCUUGUACACCUUCCUUUGUGUAAUUAUUUUGCUAUAUUCUGAAGUUUUUAUCUUGACUAUUUGUAUCUGCUGUAUACUACAAAUAAAUGCAUCAGUGUACAUUAUUUUAUUAUGUAUACAAUGUCUGUUAAGGGUGCAGAAGUCCUGUCACAACUCGUCAAUCUAGAUCUCUUAAAUUGAAUGCCAUUUCAUGAGGGAUCAAGUUAGUACAAUUGGCAAUUUUAGUUUUCCCGAGGGGUGAUUCAUGUAUGUAGUACUAUUAGCCAUAAAUAAAUAAAAUAAUAAUUUGGUUACUCAAUCCACGACUGUUUGUGGGACAUCGCUGUGCAUAAUUGGCUGUUGCGUUUCUCCCACAAAUAUACAGUCAGUUCACUUUACAGUAUAUUCUGUGAAGUGCUUUGUGACGUCUCGGAGAAGUAAUAAGGCGCUACAUCAAAUGCAAGGAUUAUUAUCACUGUAGUACUUUGUUCCAAAUACAUUAAAUAGAUGUGCUUGUUUUUUAAAUUGAAAAAAAAUAAGUACUGCUUCUGUUUGUACUAAAUUCUAUACUUUAAUUCUUUUAAAAACGCCCCUUUCAUCUUUUCUUCCUGAAAUCAAAUGUGUGGAAUAAACAUUCAAAUUAUUAUAUACAUCAGCUAUGAUAAACCAACUGAUAAAGUGUGUGAUAUCAACAUUUGUUUUUGUUCUUCGAUUCUUAGCAACAUCUAUGAAUGAUUUAUCAAUAAUGUGUAAUGUAGCAAUAUUCCUAUAGUAAAGUUUUUGUGUGCGUAAAAUCACAAAUAUAGUGAGAUGUUUAUACUA